AGCAACAACAUGUUACAUUAAAAUUGGGAAAAUCUCAAAUCAAAUCCAAAGUGCUCCAAACACUCACCAACUACUUCACUUCACUUUCUCUCUCUAUCUCUACCUCUAUCUCUUUCCUUUGUUGUUGGAGAGUGUUCUGUUCUGGCUACUGUAGUUAGAUUGUGCAAAUCCAAUUCAAUUCAAUUUCUUUAAGUUUCUGAGCAAUUCAAUACCACUCAUUCAACCUUGUGGGAACUACUUGGUGUGUACAUAGACAAAAAAUAUGGAUGAUGAGUAUGCUAAGCUUAUAAGGAGGAUGAACCCUCCCAGGGUUGUAAUUGACAACAAUGCCUGUGAAAACGCCACUGUUAUUAAGGUUGAUAGUUUCAACAAACAUGGGAUUCUCCUCGAUGUUGUUCAGGUUCUUUCAGAUAUGAACCUUGUAAUUAAUAAGGCCUACAUCUCCUCUGAUGGGGUGUGGUUCAUGGAUGUGUUUAAUGUUACUGAUCAUAAUGGAAACAAGAUCAAAGACAAGGAAAUCAUUGAUUAUAUUCAGAGGAAACUUGAAAACAAUCCCAGCUUUGCUCCCUCCUCACUGAGAGAGUCUGUUGGGGUUGUACCUACUGAAGAGCACACGGUAAUUGAACUCACUGGCACGGACAGGCCUGGUUUACUAUCUGAAAUCUGUGCAGUUCUCAGAGACCUUCACUGUAAUGUGGUCACUGCUGAGAUAUGGACACACAAUACUAGGGCUGCUGCUGUAGUUCAUGUGACAGAUGAUUCCAGUGGGUGUGCCAUUGAGGACCCUUCACGCCUCAAUACAAUAAGUAAUUUGCUUUGUAAUGUCCUUAGGGGGAGUGCUGAUCCGAAGGCAGCAAGAGCAACUGGAGUUACUCACAGGGACAGAAGAUUACAUCAGAUUAUGUUUGCUGACAGGGACUAUGAAAGGGUUGAAAGAGCAGGACAAGGAGGAGUCAGGGAGAGAGAUAAAAGUCUGUCCCCACAUGUGACCAUUUUAGAUUGUAUUCAGAAAGAUUACACUGUGAUCACCAUGAGAGCAAAAGAUCGGCCGAAAUUGCUGUUCGACAUUGUUUGCACUUUAACCGACAUGCAGUAUGUAGUUUUUCAUGGUCUUGUCCAGACAUUAAGGACAGAAGCUUUUCAGGAGUUUUUUAUUCGGCAUGUUGAUGGCUUUCCCAUAAGCUCAGAGGCAGAGAGAGAACGGCUUGCACAGUGUCUUGAAGCAGCAAUUGAAAGGAGGGCAUCUGAGGGAAUGGAGCUGGAAUUGUGCACAGAAGAUCGCGUAGGACUCCUCUCAGAUAUCACAAGGAUAUUCCGGGAGAACAGUUUAUGCAUCAAAAGAGCAGAAAUAUCAACAGAAAAUGGAAAGGCAAAAGACACUUUCUACGUCACAGAUGUGACUGGUAACCCGGUUGACCCCAAGAUUAUUGACUCGGUUCGUAGAGAAAUUGGCGACACAGUACUGCAGGUGAAACACAACUCUAGCCUUUCACCAAAGACCCCACAAGCAACAACAAUUGGGGUUCUCUUUGGAAGUUUCUUCAAAGCUCGAUCUUUUCAGAAUUUUAAGUUGAUCAGAUCUUAUUCUUAAGUCCUCCUUUGUAUAUUCUCAGCAUUUUCAUCAUGUUUCAAGUCAAACAAAAAUGGUAUGUAUAUAAAAGAAACUGUAGAUGUCCAUCUUCCUCCCUUCUCAGCAGAAGGGCUUAGAAUCCAUGCUGUACAGUAGAAAGCUUACAGGUAUGUGUAGUAUAGGGUAGAUAGUUAUGCAUAGGAACAUGUUACCUGGCUUAUAUAUGGAGUAAAUAGUCCAUUUAGAUUAUCAAGUCCAGAAGAGUAAAUAUUACUUUUAGUUUGUUUAAUGUGAAGUAAUGUAAAUAUGGUGUACAUUUGGGUUUGUACAUGAAAUUGAAUGCAAAAGAUGUAGUUAUAAUUGUA